UGGCCUUCUUCAACGUUCUGUAAGGCCGCGAAUGUGCGCACACUCUAUCCAUCAUCACAAACGACUAAACGGGGAAGGGAUGGCCAAUUAUCUCCAGCUUAGACCCCACCCAAGUGCUAGCAUUUUGGCGGGUGUUCGUUCGCUUCCUCCUCCUUCACCCCCACUUCUUCCGACCUGUGCUCUUAAUUCCACGAGUAACGCAUUCGCCGGACGCAAGACCACCUUCAGACCAGCUCGGCGCUUGGUUUUAGGCCUCGGAGCUUCGUUCUGGGCUCAGUCCAUGACCACGUCCGGUGCAUUUGGCGGGAAGUCCUUCCUUGCCUCCGCCAGGCCUUCUUCGAACGUCGAACAGGUAUUGAAGAAUGUGGAAUGGCCAGAACAAUUUCCGUUCAAAGAGGAGGAUUUUCAGCGCUUUGAUGAAUCUUCAGAUUCUUUGUUCUAUGAGUCGCCUCGCUUUGUGACACAUAUAGACGAUCCAGCCAUUGCUGCACUUACUAAGUUUUACUCAAGGGUCUUACCUCCUAGCAACAGUCCUGGAGUUAGCAUCCUCGAUAUGUGUAGCAGUUGGAUAAGCCAUUACCCAGCAGGAUACAAGCAAGAGAGGAUAGUAGGAAUGGGAAUGAAUGAGGAAGAACUCAAGCGGAAUUUGGUCCUGACUGAGUACAUUGUCCAAGACUUGAAUGUGAAUCCUAAACUUCCAUUUGGAGAUAAUUCCUUCGAUGUCAUCACCAAUGUGGUCAGUGUUGACUAUCUGAGUAAGCCUCUCGAUGUUUUCAAGGAGAUGUCUCGGAUUCUUAAGCCAGGAGGCCAGGCGAUAAUGAGUUUCUCCAACCGUUGCUUUUGGACCAAAGCAAUCUCAAUAUGGACAUCGACAGGUGAUACAGAUCAUGUUUUGAUUGUUGGGUCGUACUUCCAUUAUGCAGGAGGAUUCGAGCCUCCUCAGGCUGUGGAUAUUUCUCCAAACCCUGGGCGAUCGGACCCGAUGUACGUCGUGUACUCGAGAAAGGCCUUGACCGCUUGAGUUUGAUCGUGGUGCUUCCCUUUCCAAGUAGGGAAUGAAGUUAGAUGGAAUGCAUCUUCACAUGCUCCCCAUUCUGUUGAGGUAUGCUAUGAUAAGUAGCCGCUCCUUGUACUUCAAAAAUUAAGU